UUCCGACUUAGAGACUGUUUGUAGAGAAGCGUUCGAGCGAGAAAAUGUCUGAAGCAGCACCUGCUCCCGCCGCGGCCGCUCCGGCCAAGGCCCCCAAGAAGAAAGCCGCCGCCAAACCCAAGAAAGCGGGUCCCAGCGUCGGAGAGCUGAUCGUGAAGGCCGUGUCCGCUUCCAAGGAGAAGAACGGACUCUCUCUGGCUGCCUUGAAGAAAGCUCUGGCGGCGGGCGGCUACGAUGUGGAGAAGAACAACUCCCGCGUUAAGUUGGCACUGAAAGGCUUGGUGACCAAAGGCACCCUGCUUCAGACCAAGGGCACCGGCGCCUCUGGCUCCUUCAAGCUGAACAAGAAGCAGGUGGAGGUUACCAAGAAGAAGCCCGUCAAGAAAGCGCCUGUUAAAGCCAAGAAGCCGGCGGCCAAGAAACCUGCCGCGGCUAAGAAGCCCAAGAAGCCAGCGGCCAAGAAACCCGCGGCCGCCAAGAAGUCACCCAAGAAGGCGAAGAAGCCAGCUGCGCCCAAGAAGGCGACUAAGAGCCCCAAGAAGCCUAAAAAGCCAGCGGCGACAGCAGCUAAGAAGGCAACCAAGAGCCCGAAGAAAGCAAAGGCGACUAAGCCCAAAGUUGCCAAGCCUAAGCCCACCAAGGCCAAGAGAGCCGCUCCCAAGAAGAAGUGAGCGUGCAAAGU